CCGACCGCCGGCCACGCGUGCUUUAUUGGACCUUCUCGCUGGAGCAACGUCGAGCCAAGCGCCCUGUCCACGACGGCCGCUUCUUUGGGUCGCUUGGCUAUUUUCGUCCCCUUCACGAUGUCGCCGUGCGCCGUCUCUGCCUUACCCUCCCGAUUGUCUCCCUGUUCUACUGCAGGGGUCCACAACACGGAGCGCUGGUCGCGAUGGUGCUGGUCAUCGGGGGGACUUCGCCUGUUGGAGACGGACUUGUCGCUGCGUCGCACGCUGCAGUGGCUGCACCGAAUCGAGGUCAAUCUCGUAUCUCUCCCUGUGUGUGCUCCCUCUAGCGAGUCCGGAUCUACUGAUCUCAUGCCUAUUGUACCCUCCCUCCUGGUCUUAGCGCUGACGCUGACGCUGACACCAAUCCGUGGAUCAUGUUGGGCGCAUCGUGUAUGAUGCCGGUCCGUUGGUGCUGUCGGCGAUGCUCAUGCGACCCAACGAUGAAUUUUAUGUGUUCCAUCGUCUCGCGCCAGAGCAGAUCCAAAUAUUUAUCUUUGCAUUCCGGCACCCGUUGAACGUGAUCU